AUGCCGCCAAAAAAAGGAGCCGAUAAAGAACAUGUCGAUAAAAAACCGGCUAAAACAGAUAAACAAAAAAAGGGAGAAGCAGAAAUGAUGAAAGCUUUGACUACUCAAUAUAAUGGCGUUUUAUCCCCCGACGAUUUAAAAGGAAUGAAAGAUAUAUUUGACUCAUAUGACAAGAAAAAUGAAGGCUUUAUUAAACUAAGUUUACUUGGCAAUAUUCUUCGUACUAUUGGUUUUAAUCCAGUUGAAAGUGAUGUGCAACGAGCAAUACGAGAUUUUGAUCCACAAAAGACGGAUCAGAUCAAAUUUCCUGACUAUGUUGCUGCUGUUUUAAGUAUUCCAACGAGUGUCACUGACAAAGAUAUAAUUCCUGCAUUUCAAAAAUUUGAUCCAGACAACCGUGGUUUAUUAGAAGCUGAUGAAAUUUUAAAAAGUUUAACAAAUGUUGGCGAGAAAUUAGAUGAAACGGAAGCAACUGCAUUCAAAGAAAGUCUUACAGUAAAUGAACAUGGUCUAUUUGAUUAUAACGAAUUUUUUCUUAAAUUCACUCAACCACCAGAAACCAAAACAAAGAAAAAAGGAAAGAAGAAGAAGAAGAAAAAAUAA